UCGGGGAGCGCUCUGCGCAGGCGCGGGCGCAGGUUGCUGCAGCGCCGGGCCUCAGCUGAUGCUGUUGUUGACCCGCCCCUCCCCCGACCGAACUCCGCAGCUGCCCCGCGCUCUGGGGCAGUCGCUCCACCCCCAGCACCCGGGACUGCGGACUCCGCGACCCUGUCCUAGGGCCUUUCUGCGCUGAAGGAGCCGUGGACUGCGCAGCGCCCCGCGUGCCGACAUGGGAAAGUCUCUUUCUCAUUUGCCUUUGCAUUCAAGUAAAGAAGAUGCUUAUGAUGGAGUCAUAUCUUCUGACAAUGUGAGGAAUGGACUGGUUAAUAAUGAAGUCCAUAAUGAAGAUGGAAGAAAUGGAGAUGUCUCCCAGUUUCCAUAUGUGGAAUUUACAGGAAGAGAUAGUGUCACUUGCCCCACUUGUCAGGGAACAGGAAGAAUUCCCAGGGGGCAAGAAAACCAACUGGUGGCAUUGAUUCCAUAUAGUGACCAGAGAUUAAGGCCAAGAAGAACAAAGCUGUAUGUGAUGGCUUCUGUGUUUGUCUGUCUGCUCCUUUCGGGAUUGGCUGUGUUUUUCCUUUUCCCUCGCUCUAUCGACGUGAAAUACAUUGGCGUAAAAUCAGCAUAUGUCAGUUAUGAUGUUCAAAAGCGUACAAUAUAUUUAAAUAUCACAAAUACCCUAAAUAUUACGAACAAUAACUAUUAUUCUGUUGAAGUUGAAAACAUCACUGCUCAAGUUCAGUUUUCAAAAACAGUUAUUGGAAAGGCACGCUUAAACAACAUAACCAAUAUUGGUCCACUUGAUAUGAAACAAAUCGACUACACAGUACCUACUGUUAUAGCAGAGGAAAUGAGUUACAUGUUUGAUUUCUGUACACUGCUAUCCAUCAAAGUACAUAACAUAGUGCUCAUGAUGCAGGUUACUGUGACAACAACAUACUUUGGCCACUCUGAACAAAUAUCCCAGGAGAGGUACCAGUAUGUCGACUGUGGAAGGAACACAACUUACCAGUUGGGGCAGUCUGAAUAUCUAAAUGUACUUCAGCCACAACAGUAAAAACUGAAAGAGGUACAUCUAGAGAAGAACAAAUAUCUAUUGAUAUUUUCCAUACUCAUAAAGAGGAGUUAUUUCCUAAUAGGAGAUCUUAAAUUGAACAAACCUAAAGUUUACACUUCUAUUUUAAGAGUACAGUUAAAAGUACGUGGACUUAUAAUUAUUGCAAAUCUCCACUCUGUGUUAAUGAUAUAUUUGUACCAGGAUCUUUUACUUGAAUCUAAAUUUACUGAUUGAUUUUCUUCUACCCCCUCUCCAAAGGGGAAAAACUGAGACUUCCCCUAUAGUAAAAUAAACAAUUACUUGAAAACCAUAGUUCUAAUCACUACUGAAAACAUAAUUUUAGUGAUGAACAUAAUUUGAGAAAUUUAAUUUCUGAAUGUUUUUAUAGAAAAUUACUGAAAGCCCUAUUAUUCAUGGAAGACUUUUAAAGAAUAACCUUUUUUUCCUGUUUUAUAAAUUCCCAUUGUUACAUGGUAGUAUUUCAAUUACAUGAUAUUUUAGCUUUUAGCUAAAUGUUUUUAGCUUUUCAUUUAUUGAAAUUCUACUCAUUUGCAUGUUUUUGUCAGUCUUAUUUCAAGCUAGUGGUUGUGUGACACUUAUAACCAAAAUAAUCUUUGAAAAAUUCCAUAGCUAAAAUUUUUAAAAGCCCUUAAUCUUCCCAUAUUAGUUACACUUUUGUGAAAUUUUUGUGUGAUCUUCAAACAGUCAUCUAAUGUACAAUAUUGUAAAUAAAUAAACUGUGCAUGGCUUUUAUACAGCUUUAAUAAAUGUCAAAUAAAGUGGUACCGAUUCAAAAUUAAAGCAAGUUGCUCAUAAAAAUAAUAGAAAAAUGAAAUUCAGAAACCCAUAGAAUGGGAAUAGGUUCCAAUUACAUGUUGGAUCUGACGUAAAAUAGAUUUGAAAUAAAGUAUUUUGAUUCUCCA